CAGCGGUGGUGACCGCUGCACCAAGUGAAAGGAGGGAGGAGGGGAAAGGGUAUUCUUGUCUCUUCACUCUUUUCCUUUCCGCGGCGAAGGUGCUCUUGUUCGGUUAAGGAUCCAGUUAGAUGGGUAAUAUAUGAAAGGGCACGUGUGUGCAUUCUGCUCGAAAAGAUUGAAACUUGGCAUGGUCUCGGGAAAGGGAGACGUAUGCGGGAAGAAGGUUGUAUCCAAAGCUGCAAUACUGCUAUUUGCCAGGGCUCCUUUGUCUCCUAUCUCUGCAAAUACUACUUUCGCAUUCUCUUGCUCUGCCUUCUUAGGAUUUCUCUUCCAUCCCUUACCCUAUUUACAUCACUGAGAAGCUCGGUCUUAAAUAAGCUAUGUCUAGAGGAGAUUGCUGAGAGUAACAUUUGUGUGUGUAUGUGAGUUCUGCUUCCCCUACAUUGCUGGAAAGAUGUUUACUUGAAGCGUACUUGGUGGUUACCUCCAUUCAGUGACAUAGACUCUUUGGAAGACUGAAAAGCCUAGCAAUCUAUUGGCCAUUGAAUACUUACACUGCUGUUCUCACACCUAAUUUAUUAUUGAUUUUAUUGAAACUGCCUAUAUGUGAAUAAAGGUGCUCCAAUUUAUUUGGUAUUCAUACAGCGUGGCACUUCCCAUAAUAGUUGGAUUACGUGUUCAAAUUUUUACACUUCAUUUGAGCGCUAGUGCAGCUUUUUCUCUAUGGAUUUGGCAAGGAUAAAGCUUGCCCUUGGUUGGUUCUCUUUCACUUUUCAAAGUAUGGUGCUGCUGGUGAUUUUUAAAAUGUGAUUUAGAGAAAAUUUUGGUUUAAACAAGUGGUCGAAUUCUAAGUGUAAUAGUGUUGCUUAUAUCGUGGUAGGUAGUUGUUUCUGUUGUAAUCCCUACGGUUGCUGUUUAGAUGAACAGAUUUGAGCAUAUCAGCUCAGAUUAAAAGUGUAAAGAAAAUUCUUAGUUGUGUAAGAGAUUUGGUUUAAAAUGUUUUAAAAUAUCUAAUUCUAAAUGUAUUUUUACAAUAGGUAAAGAAAAAAUUUUUCCAAAGAAAAUAAUAUAGUUCAGGAGGAAAAAUAAAAAGAAAUUGCUGCAGAUUUUAUUUUACAAUGUAAGAAAAACCUACAAUUACUUCAAGACUCUAUAUUAAGGUGAUUAACAAAUUUACAGUGUUUUAUCUUACUUAAUAACUAAACAAAAUUAAGUGUUUAAAACAUUUUAAAGACAUUUAUAAUUGUUCUGUUAGUAAUAAAGAAAACAAUUGCUCUAAUUAAAGUUGAAAUAGUACUCUGCUUUUAAUUUUAAAAAUAAGUCCUCAUGGUAUUUUAAUUUACCUCUAAACACACAAGUAGUUUAUUGUGAACACUCUUUGACUUCAUUUUGAAGGCAGAAAACAAUGUGGUAUUUUUAAAAAGAUAAAAUACAGCUAAGAAUUUCUAAACUUUGUAACUUGGCUCACACAUAAACAAAAUAAUCUUGUCUCAAAUAUUUGAUAUGCAGAAAUAUUACUUGCUGUAGUGUUUUUAUAUACAUGACUCAAAUGUUGAUAGAGAUUACUCUGUGAGACUCUCCUGCCUCCUGUACAUCUACAAAACUUUAAGGCAAGGAAAAAAUCUUAGUGAUCUCCUGUACUUAAGGAUAAAGUUAUUUUACAUGGCAGCAUUCUAAAGCAUUCUAAAAUGUUCAUUUUUGUGCAGUGUAGCCCUAUCUAUUAAACACUCUUAUCUAAAAAUGAGAUAAUUAUUUUAUAAAUUCACAGAUUUUUUGGUAGAUUUAUUUAGAAUCUUAUGUUUGAACGGGAAAUACACAUAGGUAGUUAUAAAAAUAUGUUGAGUGACAGCAUCUAAGUUUCAUACUAUCUGGUGAUCUUAGAUACAGGAUAAUUCAUUUGAAAUGAAAUAAGUUGAUCCCUUGUUUUCAAAAUUAGUAUGAGGCUGGCAUGACUUUAUUAAUCAUUAAUGAAAAAAAAUCCAUCUUACAAUUACAAGUGAACUAUAUUCUGUAAGAAACAAUUUGCUAAAAUGCUUGUAUGUGAUUAAUCUUAUUUCUACCAUAUUUAGGAAGCAGUAAUGUUUCAUGAGUCCUCAAAACUGUGAGACAAGAGAAUAUAGUAGAGUGAGCUCAGAAGUCCUUACUGACUCAAAGAACUCCAGGGAAACUGGCAUAGAACAUAUUACAUUAUAAGUAGAACCCCAGGAGCCAGAGGUGAAACAAGUUUAUCUGCAGAGCUCUGCUGCAGGGCUGAUCUGGGUCUGGAAGAAAUGGAUAAGAGCCACCGGAUGAAAUUCACUAAUACUAGACACCUGAGUCCUCUAGUAAUAGAUUUGUGAAUGAACUUUGCUAAGUAUGGAUUCAGGUGGAGGAGGCAGUCUUGGAUUGCACACAUCAGACUCUAGAAUGGCCCAUACCAUGAUUAUGCAGGAUUUUGUGGCUGGAAUGGCUGGUACUGCGCAUAUCGAUGGAGACCAUAUUGUUGUUUCAGUUCCUGAGGCUGUAUUAGUUUCUGAUGUUGUCACAGAUGAUGGGAUAACUCUUGAUCAUGGCCUUGCAGCUGAAGUUGUCCAUGGGCCUGAUAUAAUCACUGAGACCGAUGUAGUAACAGAAGGUGUAAUUGUUCCUGAAGCUGUACUUGAAGCUGAUGUGGCCAUUGAAGAAGAUUUAGAGGAAGAUGAUGGUGAACACAUAUUGACUUCUGAGCUAAUUACAGAAACUGUUAGAGUACCUGAGCAGGUUUUUGUGGCUGACAUUGUUACUGGUCCUGAUGGACACUUAGAACAUGUGGUCCAAGAUUGUGUUUCAGGAGUUGACUCUCCCACAAUGGUAUCAGAGGAGGUUCUUGUAACUAAUUCAGAUACAGAAACCGUGAUUCAAACAGCUGGUGGUGUUCCUGGAUCUACAGUUACUAUUAAAACCGAAGAUGAUGAUGAUGAGGAGGAUGAAGAUGAUGUCAAGAGUACUUCUGAAGACUACUUAAUGAUAUCAUUGGAUGAUGUUGGGGAAAAAUUGGAGCAUAUGGGGAACACACCAUUAAAAAUCGGCAGUGAUGGUUCACAAGAAGAUGUUAAAGAAGAUGGAUUUGGUUCAGAAGUAAUAAAAGUGUAUAUAUUUAAAGCUGAGGCUGAAGAUGAUGUUGAAAUAGGUGGAACAGAAAUUGUCACAGAGAGUGAGUACACCAAUGGACAUUCUGUAGCUGGAGUGCUUGACCAGAGCCGAAUGCAACGGGAGAAGAUGGUUUACAUGGCAGUUAAAGAUUCUUCUCAAGAAGAAGAUGAUAUCAGAGAUGAAAGAAGAGUUUCAAGAAGGUAUGAUGAUUGUCAAGUAUCAGGAAAUACUUUGGACUCAACAUUAGAAAACAGAAGUAGCACAACAGCACAGUACCUUCAAAUUUGUGAUAGCAUUAAUACUAAUAAGGUACUUAAACAAAAAACCAAGAAGAGGAGAAGGGGAGAAACGAGGCAGUGGCAAACAGCUGUUAUAAUAGGCCCUGAUGGACAGCCCUUGACAGUAUACCCUUGCCAUAUUUGCACAAAAAAGUUUAAAUCAAGGGGAUUCUUGAAAAGACACAUGAAGAAUCAUCCUGAUCAUUUGAUGAGAAAAAAAUAUCAGUGUACAGAUUGUGACUUUACAACUAACAAGAAAGUGAGUUUCCAUAACCACUUAGAAAGCCAUAAGCUUAUAAACAAAGUUGACAAAACCCAUGAAUUUACAGAAUAUACACGAAGAUACAGAGAGGCUAGUCCACUGAGUUCAAAUAAACUUAUACUAAGAGACAAGGAGCCGAAGAUGCACAAGUGCAAAUACUGUGACUAUGAAACUGCAGAACAAGGACUAUUAAACAGACAUUUACUGGCCGUUCACAGCAAGAAUUUUCCUCACGUUUGUGUUGAGUGUGGGAAGGGCUUUCGACAUCCUUCUGAACUCAAAAAACAUAUGAGAACCCACACUGGUGAGAAGCCAUAUCAGUGUCAGUAUUGUGUUUUCAGGUGUGCAGAUCAAUCAAAUCUGAAAACUCACAUUAAAUCUAAGCAUGGUAACAAUUUGCCAUAUAAAUGUGAGCAUUGUCCCCAAGCAUUUGGUGAUGAGAGGGAGCUUCUACGCCAUCUGGAUUUGUUUCAAGGACAUAAGACACACCAGUGUCCUCAUUGUGACCAUAAGAGCACCAACUCAAGUGACCUUAAGCGGCACAUCAUAUCUGUCCACACUAAGGAUUUCCCUCACAAAUGUGAGGUCUGUGAUAAAGGUUUCCAUCGACCUUCUGAGCUCAAAAAGCAUAGCGAUAUCCAUAAAGGUAGAAAGAUUCAUCAGUGUAGGCACUGUGACUUUAAAACAUCAGAUCCAUUUAUUCUUAGUGGUCAUAUCCUUUCAGUUCAUACUAAGGAUCAGUCACUGAAGUGUAAAAGGUGCAAGAGAGGGUUCAGACAACAAAAUGAGCUCAAAAAGCAUAUGAAGACCCACACUGGAAGGAAGAUUUACCAAUGUGAGUAUUGUGAGUACAGUACUACAGAUGCAUCUGGCUUUAAACGACAUGUGAUAUCAAUACAUACAAAAGACUAUCCACACAGGUGUGAAUUCUGCAAAAAAGGAUUCCGCAGACCAUCAGAAAAAAAUCAGCAUAUUAUGAGGCACCACAAGGAGGCUCUUAUGCAAUAAGACACCAAUAUAAAGAAAGAAACUCUUUGGAAAAUAUGAUAUGCUACAUGGCAGUAAAACUUCAUAAACUGUUUCAUCUGGUUACAAACUUGAUAUUAAAUCAUAACUUUACAUUCUUUGUAUUAAAAAUAUUUGAAUUGAUAGGGUAUCUCAUAGCCCUUGAAAAUUACUUAAAUAAUUUAAGAAGCACCAUAGAAUGGUUGUAGAAAAAUUUAUUAAGUGUCAAGUUAAUAGGGUUAUAUGUAUAAACUACAGGAGGGAAGAGCAAAGACAGUGACUUUAUUUGGCUGAUCAUACUAGAGAUAUGAUUCUGGAAAAAAAUCAUACAUAAUUUGGGAGUUUAGAAAGGCUUUGCUAUGACAAGCAAGCUUCACUUUUAUGCAAUUUUAGAAAUGGGGUGGGAAAUAAAAUGCAGUCAUUCAUCAGGCAUUUAGUCAUUGAGCCUUUUAUAUGGUACCUGGAAAUUGAAUUCCAGAAAUCCAAAAG